AUGGUAUAUCCCCCACUCGAUGCACAUGACUCGCUCAAGGAGAAACUACCCGAGGCGCGGGACAGCGUCAAGUCGCUUUCAUUUUCAUCUGCUAAGAGCGUUCCACCAAGGCGCCGACUACCCAUAACAUGGCAGGUUGUCAUCGGUAUCCUGACCUGCUUGUGUACUUUUGGAAACCACUGGUCCAAUGGCUUGAUUGUUGCUCUGAAGACCACCAUCAUCAAGGAGACGCACAUUAACAAUUCCCAGUUCGCCACCCUAGUCGCCAUAACUAACCUUAUCAAUACGUUCCUAUGCAUUGGAUUCGGAUUCUGUAUCGACAAGUGGGGAGGAGCACCGCUCUCGGUAAUCUUCGCCGGGUUUCACCUCGGAGGCUCCUUUGUUAUGGCAGGCGCGGCCACCAACAAUCUGAACAGCUACCCGCUGCUGAUUCUCGGGAAAGUCAUCGCUGCCAUCGGUGACGGGUCCAUUGACAACGCCCAGCACCGAAUAUUCUCGACGUAUUUCGCUCCAGGCAGGGGCUUUGCGUUUUCAAUAGGUGCCAUCUGGGGUAUCGCCAACCUUGCCCAGUUUACGGGUCAAUCCACAGCCAACAUCAUCACAGCUCACUUCGGGUCGUAUUCUUACGCCCUCUGGAUAAGCACCGGUAUCGCGGGCUUUUCCUUCGUCUGCGCCGCGGCCGUCGUUGUGCUCGACCGCUACCUACGGGCACACUACGACAUCACCGACCAAACCAACGGUAAGCCCCACAAGGGCCACCUCCGGCGACGCUUCAACCCUCGGUCCAUACGCAACCUCCCCCUCACCUUCUGGAUCGUCGUCGCCUUCGCUGUCUUCGAGAACGCGGGGGUGCAGGCGUUCGUGUCCAUCUCGACGCAAUUUGCGCAACAACGACUGAAGAAGGGCGCGGUCAUUGGCGGAUGGGUGUCGAGCUUCUAUCUCCUCCUGCCCGCGUGUUUGACGCCGUUCCUGGGGAUCUACAUUGACUGCUUCGGGCAGCGGAUCGGCUUCCUGUUCGUUUCGGGAUUGACAUUCAUGGUGUCGAUGCUUCUGCUGAGGUUCUCGCAAACUGUGCCUACUUUCAUCGCUGCGUAUGUCUUCUACGCAUUAUCACAGGCCGUCACACCAGCACCCCAAGUCGAGAUCGUCCGAACCAUUAUCCCAGAUCCUCAAGACUACGCCACAGGAUUUGCGAUCAAAAAAUCCGUCGUUCAGGCCUCCAUUGUGAUUAUCACGACCGCUGCCGGGAAACUGCAAGACGACACAUCCGACAAUUCCCUGGAGCCUGGCGUGUCCCUCUGGCUUGCCUACGCCUUCAUCUCCGUCGCCAUCUCCGGCGGUCUCCUCCUCGUUUCCUACUUCAAACCCUCGCUUCUCCCUGCUGCGCGCCUCUCGCAGAUCAACCCGCGGGCCGUUCCCGACGAGGUCGACCGCUUAGCGCAGCGCGCGGGCAUCACUGUGUCGAAGGAGCGCUUGGACGACGGCAUGACGGAGAACAAGGAGAAGGAGAAGAAGCUGAAGGCGCCGGAGCCCGAGUAUAUGUGGGUGAGGUGGGCGAGCAUGGUGGUAGGUGUGGUGAUCAUCGUGAUCGGAUGGGUCAUCUUUGGGCUGGGAGUGUCGUGGGGCGUGCAUGGUAGUGUCAUCGCGGGUACGGUAGGAGACUGA